GUAAUUAUAUUAUAUGUUUUGUUAACCCCUAGAUCUCUAUUGAUGGGUUCAGAUACAUAGCGGCUGGUUGUGGAGCUCUUCAGCACCUGAAAAUAAAUGACAUGUUUACUCUCACGGACAGUUGUCUCAUAACUUUGCUGGAUAAGUGCCAUAACAUUGCCUCUGUGUCUCUGCUGGGCUCCCCUCAUCUCUCUGAUGCUGCCUUCAAAGUUCUCGCACAUGGAAAGAAGCUUGUGAAAAUCAGGAUUGAAGGUAAUAAUCGGAUCACUGAUGCUAGCAUCAAGGCAAUCAGCAAAUCUUGCCCCAGUUUGAAC